AUGGAAGAAGGAUUUAUAUCAGGUUGUGAUUUAUGGAUCACGUCACUACAGGCUCACUUCCUCUACGGAGAUACAGUAUCUAAUUGCGUGCACCUGCAACUAUACAAGGACUUGAAGGAGCGUCAGAAGAGCGGUCAGACGAAAGCCUCGUUAUCACUGCAGCAGUACUUGGGGUUCGAAUCCGGGUUCACCCUGGAUAAGGAGUCUAACACACUUGCCAUACUUUGUGAGGACGUGGUACCUGUACUAGCCUUCGAUACCAGGGAAAUGCUUAUGCAAUGGAGGGUUAAGGUGCAGCAUAACCUGGGCAGUAGUAAGGAGUUCGCGGCCGUGAUCAUCUCGUCUCCGACAGUGAAGCCAGGUCCUGUGAGGCUGCACGCCUGCGGGCCCCGCCUGGCGCUGUGUGGGUCCAGGCCUCCAGAAGUUCUGGCUCUAUGGGACAUUAAGUUACUGAGGAGAUUCGGUAUGGUUGAUAAGCGGUUCUGUGUGGAGGGGGGCUCUCGUUGCGGGAGGGGCGAAGGCCUAUUCGUGUUCGCAGCGGAGGGAGGUCGUGAGUUGACUGAGCUACUGAACGUGUACACUCAUGAGGCUCACUCAAGGCUCAGCAUCGCCUCUAGAAGUGGAUCAGUUCUAGAGAAGCGUUUCUCAGACACGAGCUCGUGUAUGGACGACUGUUUCAACCAGUCCCUCCGUUCAGUGUCUCCCGCCUGGCCCGCUCCUACAAGCCACACAAUGCACUGUCUAUCAGACUUAGACUCAAGUCUGGACAGUAAUGACGACAAGUUCAGACGACCGACCUCACUACCACGCUGUUCAAGUUGUGUGGGGAAGAUCAGCCAUUUGACCAGAUCAUCAACAAUGAACACACCCGGUUCAAUGAUGUCCCCUGUAUGGACGAUGGACAACAUAAUAGAGAAGAGAUCGGAUUCAGAUCGAGCGUCGAUCUAUUCGAGAUCCAGUGGUAGUGCGUCAGAGUACUCCGUGCCGCGCAGUGCGUGCAUGCUCGAUAAGAGUUUUGAGAACAAACGUGGCAGCCCCGUCGCCGGGUGUACACCGACAGUACCGGUGAAGACCGGCUGUACCUGCUGGCAGCAGACGAGGACCUGCUGCUGUAAGAAGAAGACCUUCAACGGACCAUACGAGAACUACGACGUACCAAAGACACCCAUGCCCUUAAUAAAGGAACACCCUGUAGACUCCACGGACGCCGCCAGCUUGUACGACACACCAAAGAAACUGAAAUGUCUGACUGGACAGUGUUCGUGUUCACACAACGAUAACAAAGAGGAACAAACACACGCACACACAGACGACACUAACACAAACUACGUGAACGUGACGCCCCAACAAGAUAUAGACUUGAGUAACUACGCCAACAUAGACAAAGCUACAUUAGAAGAAUUCGAGAGUUCCUUAAGGAUUCUGCGUAGCGCGGGGUUCAGUCAGGAGGAGCUGGACGCGUUAGAAGAUAUACCGGAACACGACGACAAGCAACGAGCAACGAGCGAGUGCUGCAACAACAUGGAACAUACUGAGAACAGCAGUUGCAGCAACAGCAAACACUCAGACAACAUCAGCAGAAUUAGCCACGUAUCGGACAACACGCAACAGACGAGCUCCGACAAUACUAUCAGCACGAGAAGAGCCAGCUCAGCGGAUUUCACUAAGAGAUACGACGACGAAGACAGACUGACACGAGCCUGUUACACACCUACAGUGAUUAGAAGGAGCUUCAGAACUGAUAACAUCAACGAUACACACACAAACACAAACAUAGAAAAAGAUAAAACACAGGCGAAGACUGAAAACGUGACACUAGUGACGAAAUUACGAGACGCCGUUAAGAUUAGAAGAUCAUCUAGCGUGCCGAGUAAAUCAGAUAAGAAUAGAGAUUCAUCGAGCUCCAACGAUUCAGGAGUAUCGACUGGUUCACUCAAACAUCACAAAGGCGACUUUGAAUUAGAUACAACCAAAUCUUCCAAGAAGACGAAGAAUAAGUUCCGUAAUACAUUAACUCCGGUACACGCGCCGCUCAAAUGCAAUGCCUCGGACCCUCUCAAACACUUGACAUUCCAGUUCGAAGAAGUCUCAACGAUGACUUACAACGACGGACAUACACUCACCAACACGAAGAAGAGAAACGGCGAAGGUGACGCGGUCCGUCACAGUCAUCUGACCAAGAGUAGUUCUUCGGGUGCUUCAGACACGUCUGACUACAUGGAGUCCCUGUCUGUGUCGUCCUUCAGUUCGUGUGACGUCAGCGAGCGUCACGUGACCCGCCCGCGCUCCGGGAAGGAAUACGCCACUAUAGACAGGAGCGUGAUAACUUCACACACAUAG